AUGGCACAUAGAUUGUUAGUUAAUGUGAUAUUUACGGGGGCGUCUGUAUUUGGAAGAGCAUUUUCAGAGGCAUACAAACAGGCGGCGAAGACAUCUGCAGCUGCUGCAUCAACUGGUGUCAAAAAGUCUGCUAGUGUAGGUGGGAUAAAUGUGGAUGAAGCACUCAAAAUAUUAGAUUUGGAGAGAAAAGACUUGUCAUUGGAUAAAAUAGAUGAAAAAUAUGCAUAUCUAUUUAAUAUGAACUCGAAGGAAAAGGGAAACUCAUUUUAUUUGCAGAGUAAGGUGUAUUAUGCUAUGGAUUCUUUAAGAAAAGAAUUAGAGUUUUUGAAUGAACUACAGAAGAAGAAAUCUGGAGCGGGAAGUGGUGGAAAACAAAGUAAAGACCAAUAG